AUGAGUAGAAGCAACUCCACCACUCUGACUGACUUCAUCUUCAUGGAGAUGACAGACACUGCAGAGACACAGCUGGUCCUCUCUGUGCUCUUUCUCCUGAUUUACCUGAUCACGGUGCUGGGGAAUGUGGGGAUGAUACUGAUCAUUUGCCUGGAUACCCAGCUUCACACCCCCAUGUACUUUUUUCUCACUCACCUGUCAUUUCUCGACCUCAGCUACUCAAGUGUUGUCACCCCUAAAGCCUUACAGAGCUUACUGACUUCCACCAAGAGCAUCUCCUUCCUGGGCUGCUUCACCCAGAUGUACUUUUUUAUUCUCUUGGCUGCCACUGAAUGUUUCCUUCUCUCCUCGAUGGCCUAUGAUCGCUAUGUAGCUAUUUGCCACCCCCUGAACUAUCCCAUCAUUAUGUCCACAGGACUGUGCCGUACCCUGCUCACUGGCUCCUAUGCUAUUGGCUUUGUGGAUUCCACUGUGAAUGUAGUUUCUAUAAGCCAAUUGCACUUCUGCAAGUCUAAUAUCGUACAGCACUUUUUCUGUGACACAUCCCCAAUUUUAGCCCUGUCCUGCAGUGACACAUUUGAGGUUGAACUCAUUAUAUUCAUCUGUGCCGGCUUCAACGUAGUGCUGUCCCUCAUCACCAUAUCUGGAUCCUAUGUGUCCAUCCUCUCUACCAUCCUGAAAAUUAAUUCCACUGCUGGAAAGAAAAAAGCAUUCUCCACCUGUGCCUCCCAUUUCCUGGGAGUCACCAUCUUCUACAGCACUAUCAUCUUUACUUACCUAAAACCAAAGGCAUCCUACUCCUUGGGAAGGGAUCAGGUGGCUUCUGUGUUUUACACGAUUGUGAUCCCCAUGCUGAACCCUCUCAUUUACAGUCUCAGAAACAAAGAGGUGAAGAAUGCUGCCCUGAGAGUCCUGCGGAAGAGAGAGAGAUGCGGGCUGUUAAUAUCACAGUGGUGCUGA